UCGCCGCAGUCCAGCGUGGAGGCGCGGACGUGGCGGAUGGCGCGUGGCGCUUUGUUGCUCCCUUAUAAGGCGGCGGUGACGGGGCAGCGGCAAUCAGUCCUCUGUGGAGCAGCGAAGCCUAGUGAAGCCUUCUCGACGGAGAUCGAAUCACGAGUCCGCAGCGGAUCGAGAACUCUCCUUCUGAUCUUCCUCUAUUCCUUGAGGCUCUCCGCUCGAUACUUGCUUCCUGGAGGCUGACACGGACUCCGAAGUCGACGCAGUCGCUCCUCCUUCUUCGACAGGACCCAGAGAACCUUCGCCAUGGGCAUCCUGCUGUCUCGGAUCCUCAGCCUGAUCCAGAGUUCCCGGUCCUGCAGGAUUCUCAUGGUCGGCCUAGACGCCGCAGGGAAGACCACGAUCCUCUACAAGCUAAAGUUGGGCGAAGUUGUGUCCACGAUUCCUACCAUCGGCUUCAACGUGGAGACCGUCGAGUACAAGAACAUCAGCUUCACGGUGUGGGACGUGGGCGGCCAGGUGAGGCUGAGGCCUCUGUGGAGGCACUACUACCAGAACACCACCGCCGUCGUCUACGUGGUGGACAGCAGCGACAGCGAGAGGCUGAAGGAGGCUAGGGAGGAGCUGGAGGCUAUCCUGGAGAGCGAGGAGGUGGCAGGGGUUCCCCUGCUGGUGAUUGCCAACAAGCAGGACCUUCCCGGGGCGCUGUCCGUGCAGCAGGUGAGCGAGGGCCUCGACCUGCGGCAGCACAACCGGCCCUGGCACGUACAACCCACGUGCGCCAUCACGUCGGAGGGUGUGUACGAGGCCCUGGACUGGCUGGCCAGGGAGGUGGCCAAGUGAAGCUGAUCAGGGAUGCCAAGCGAUAGAAGGAAUCGCGAAGGAAGACAGGAACAUCAGGGGUCACGCGGUACACGGCUGGGCAACACAGAAGACACGGCAUAGGGAUUCGAACAUUUGAGAAAAUUCGAACACUAGUCAAGUCACACUUGAAGACACCUAAGUACUUUCUUUACCUGUGGUUGUUUAGAUGAGUCUCUGAAAUAUGAUUAUAUUUAUAUUUA